UAUCCUUUCAAUUUUUUGGGCUCAACCCGCUUGUUUUUAAUCUCCGCAGUAUUAUUAGUUCAUUGCUCUUCAUUGCCCAACCUAACUAAAAAAAGCACCAUUUCCUUCAGUUUUGCACUGAAACCAUCUUGUUUAAUUCCCCAAUGUCACAUUAAACAACGUUCCACCGGAGUGUCAAAAAAAAAAAAAAGAAAGUACAAAACCCAUAACUUCAUUCUUGAUAUUCGGUUUCAUCCACUGUGAAAUUUCUGCCACUGUUAAUUGGCCUUUUUCAAACUAAUUUUUUUUAAUUAUUAUUAAGUUUUGUUUCGGAUCUCCUAACUGUGAUGAAUAAUAUUAUAGCACGUUUGGAAUGGUCACGGGCUUAAGAAAAUGUGACUGAUGGUAAUGACGAUGUAAUGCUUGAAGAAAUGUCCAAAAGGAAGAACAAAAAUAAAAAAAGGGGCUGAAUAAUUUAGUCCAAAAAGCCCAGGUGGUGGGGUGCGGGUGUGUGGUUUCAGAAACCCAUGUUAGGUUAGUGGUGGUGCCUCUAAUAAGUCCUCUUAACACGAGUCAAAAAAAAAGAGGUCGCACACACUCACAGUCUCACACAGCUCUCUUUGAGACUGUAUGGAAGCAAUUAUAACUUGUAAGAUUGUUCUAAAAAUCUAGAAGAAGAAGAAGAAAAGAACAAUGUGAAAAAAAAAAAAUGUGGAUGUAUUCUAGGCUGCAUUAAUUCUUCUCUUUCAUCAUAAGUCUCUUUCUUUUUCUUCUUCUUUGGUUGUUCCUUUCUAUUUUGGGUCCACUUUCGUUUCUGGGUUCUGCUUCGAACAUUAUGGCAUUGCACAAGUUGGUCCUGUUUCUUGGUCUGCUGCUCCUUUCUCUUCAAAUGCAACUUCUUCCUACCAUGGCUACUUCUGAUUGUCCAUUAGAUUUUAGUCAGUCCAAUUUUACAACAGCAGCCACGAUUUGCUCCAACAAAGAAGACAGAGGAAAAUGCUGCCGCUAUAUUAAUGCCGUGGUUGCUGUUUCAGUUGCUCGAUAUGCAAAUGUUACAAGUACCCUGGGUGUUAGUUUGGACACAACAGAUGUAUGCCUCCGUACGAUCACAGAUAUGUUGGAUUUGUAUGGAGUACCAAGGAAUACAACUGUCUUCUGUGGCUUUGGAACAAAAAUCCCUGUUAAUUAUGACUGUCUAGGUCUAACUACUAUAAUGCAGAUGCGACAUUCUCCCAAGUUUGCAGAUGUUGCAGAAAAUUGUAGAGUGCCUUUAAGAUUGGAAAGCGACUGCAGGAAAUGUUUGAAUUCUGGUAUUCUGUAUCUACGUAAUCUUGUUGGACCAGCAGAUAAUACAACAUUGAGCACAUGUAGAGAUGCAACCUUUGCUGCACUUGCAAGCAAAGUCGAUAAUGCGUCAAGUAUUGAUAUUGCAAGCUGCUUUUUUGGGGUCCAAGGGCUUCUUGAUGCUCCAGGAUCUUCCCCCCUAGUUUCUCCUGAAGCGCCACCCAGUCCGUCUUCUGCUGAUAGCCCAAGUCAGCUCUCUUUGAUUGCACCCCUUAAGGAUAAUCAUCGUCAUUACCACCUGACAUUGGCCCCAGGUAUUGGCAUAGCUGUUACAGUAGUGGCUAUCUUGAUGCUGGCUCUCUUGGUUAUUCUUAUCCGUCGAAAAAACAGAGAGCUCAGCUCUUCUGAAACAGUUGAUAAGAAGCAUGUCAAAUUCUUUCAACGGCCUGCAAGGAAAUUUCAGGAAGGACCUCCUUGUACCUUCAGGAAAUUCAGUUACAAGGAGACAAAAAAGGCAACAAACAACUUCAGCACUAUCAUUGGUGAAGGGGGUUUUGGCACAGUGUAUAAAGCUGAGUUUGAUGCUGGAUUGGUAGCAGCAGUAAAAAGGAUGAACAAAGUCUCAGAACAAGCAGAGGAUGAGUUCUGUAGGGAAAUAGAGCUUCUUGCUCGAUUGCAUCAUCGUCAUCUUGUUGCUUUACGUGGCUUCUGUGUUGAGAAACAAGAGAGGUUUCUUAUUUAUGAAUAUAUGGCAAAUGGAAGCUUGAAAGAUUGUCUUCAUUGUUCUGAUAGAACUCCUCUUAGUUGGCACACCAGAAUCCAAAUUGCCAUUGAUGUGGCAAAUGCUUUGGAAUACCUUCACUUUUAUUGCAACCCUGCUCUAUGCCACAGAGAUGUCAAGUCGAGCAAUAUAUUGCUUAGUGAAAACUUUGAGGCUAAGCUUGCAGAUUUCGGGCUUGCGCAUGCUUCAAAAGAUGGUUCCAUUUGCUUUGAACCCGUGAACACCGAGAUUAAGGGAACUCCAGGUUACAUGGAUCCUGAGUAUGUGGUCUCGCAAGAGCUAACAGAGAAAAGCGACGUUUACAGUUAUGGAGUUGUCUUGCUAGAGUUGAUUACUGCUAGACAAGUGAUUCAAGACAACAGAAACUUGGUAGAAUGGUCUCAAGUCUACAUGACUUCAGAAUCGAUGAUAACUGAGCUUGUUGAUCCUAGAAUUGGGGAUUCGUUUGACUUUGAUCAACUUCAAACGGUUUUGACCAUUGUCAGAUGGUGUACGCAGCGAGAAGGGCAAAUGAGGCCUUCAAUCAAACAGGUCCUGAGGCUUUUGUACGAGUGUGCAGACCCAUUGCAUAGCGGAUUCAUUGAAGGUGUUGAAGACGAAGAGCGUAGUACAUUAGAUGGAAGGGGAAGAACGAGCAGCAGCAGCAAGCUCAUGCCUAGGGAUGAGGGGAUAUUUCAUAGUGGGGAUGGAAGAUUUGCUUCUUCUUCUAGCACGACAAGGUCUCAUGGUAGCCGGAGCUUUCUACUCGAGAACAACUCUCCAUAGACCCUAAUUCCCAACAUAGCAUCCAUCAAGUAAGUAUUCGAGGAUUGAAAUUCAUCAUUUCUUUAGCAAGUUGGAGCAAUGAAGUAUAUACUCAACUGCAUAAGAUAAAAGGAGUACCUCAAUUGUGGUGCACGAAGCUUCGAAAUUUAUACCCUCGUUUAGCAGCUACAGAUGUGAAUAGGAUCACAGUAAGCAGUAGUUGUUACAUAAUCAUGAUUUUGUAUUCAUUUUGGCAGUUUUUGGUAAGGCAUUUUCGUGAGUUCAAAGUUCAAUUUUGGAGAAGCGAGAUAUAGAGAUGGUUUAGAUGUUAGAAGAAAAUCCUGUGUGCUAUUGCUUUUUUAAUGCCUGUUUCAUUCUGUUUGUUUUCUUGCAUUUGGCACCGAAAUAAACAAGCUGGUUGUGUAUUAGGUAUCAUAUCUUUCCCUCAACUCUGCUAUUAGGCCCUUCCUGCUAAAAAAGCAUCCUGACAAGUGAAAAGUAAGACGUUUUGUCAUCUUUAACUGUAAAAAGGUUUCCAGAUUCAAUUGAAAAGCUUAAACAAACAAAAAACAAGUUUAUACAUCC